AUGGUCAUGCUGAUGCACGUUCUCCGUGCUUUGGAUGUCGAUGGCGCUGAUCGGUCUCUCACCCAGCGAUGGGAGUUUCGCCCAGAGAGCCCCGUAGAGGGUCUCGAUCGCUCCCUCUUCAUCAUGAUGGGCGUAGUGGCACUCAUGUCCUUGGUGUCCACUGUUGGCCUUUUGUCGUUCCUUACCCACCGAUUCAUCUUCUGGCAGCGAUACUACAAGCACCCGCUUGCGCAAAAUCAGUACGUCGUAUUGAUCUACAAUCUUUUGUUGGUCGACCUACAACAAGCCCUGGCAUUCGUGAUCAGUUUACGCUGGGCGUCUCAGGGGAGUGUUCGUUUUGGAGAGGUGGCUUGCUACUUACAGGGCUGGUGGAUUCAGACCGCUGAUCCGGGCAGCGGAUUGUUUGUCCUGUCGAUUGCGUUGCACACUGGCGCCGUGGUUCUGCGUGGCCGUCAGUUACCGUUCCGACUCUUUGUGUGCUCGGUGAUUGCGCUGUGGGUGUUCAUUCUUGUCCUGGGAUUUAUUCCCGUAGGAAUUCAUGGAUCCAAGACUUUUGUUAUUACAGAGGCCAACUGGUCGACAUACGAGCAGUGCUGGCUCAGCCCUCAAAACGAGAGCGGACGGCUUUGGGGCCAUUAUUUCUGGAUUUUCUGCGCCGAGUUCGGCACCAUUGUGCUCUACGCAGUGAUGUUUGUCUACCUCCGACGGCGUAUGGCACAGGCAAAGAUGCUUCGUCGUGGUCAACAGGAGAGCCUCAACCGUCUCAACCGCGUGGUUGUUUACAUGGUCAUUUAUCCCUUCGUGUACUUGAUAUUAUCCCUUCCUUUGGCAGCGGGCCGGAUGGCCACCGCUCGCGGCAACGCGCCAGGCAGGGCUUAUUUUGCUAUCGCUGGAUCUUUGAUGGCCUUGUCUGGCACGGUGGAUGUCGCGGUCUACACUCUCACCCGCCGUCACUUGCUCCUUGACACCGAGCAUCGCUCCACCGAUCGAAUCUAUGACAAUACGAUUUCCGAAUGGCACACUCAGAUCACCACUACGGCAGGGGAAAGCCGACCUCGAAAGGAACUUCGGAUCGGUUCCAAGCUGAGCUCCAAGUUCCGACGCACAGACAAUACCGACGAUGAGGCUUGUAAGAAAAAUUCAUUUCACGAUUCCACGGACAAUAUCGUGGCCAAGGGCGAUGUGGAAUUGACCACAUUCACGGGCGUGUACCAGGAAACCACUAUCGAGAUCUCUCAUGAGCCCGCAACCCCUGCGGACACGAUGACUCGAAGUCUUCGUCGGAGUGAAUAG